GUCCUUUGGUGAUUGUAGACACCUGAGCUGGGACACAGGUCAAAACGAUGGCCAGCCUGCAGACCCCUCUCCUGGCUGCCCUCAUCCUCCUGGCUAUGAUACUUCAAGCAACAGAGGCAGGCCCCUACGGUGCCAACGUGGAGGACAGCGUCUGUUGCCGGGACUACAUCCGUUACCCUCUGCCCCUGCGUUUGGUGAAAUAUUACUACUGGACUUCAAAUUCCUGCCGGAGACCUGGCGUGGUCUUGCUGACUGUGAAGGACCGAGAGAUCUGUGCUGACCCCAAACAGCACUGGGUGAAGAAGAUUCUCCAGAAGCUGAACCAAUGAGGCAGGCCCUGCUCUGAUGACCGUGGCCUUGGUUCUUCCAGGAAGGCUCACAGAUCCCCACCUCCCUCCUGUUACAGCGGCUUCCUGACAUGAGCCUGUGCCAACGACUCUUUCAGUGCUGAGAGAGCUUAAUCCCUGCAGCUGUCACCCUCAGUCAAGCCUCCAGCUGUGACUCUCAUCUCCCCUCUUACCCUCCAACCCACCCUCUGCCCCACCAAAGCCAGAGGAUCCACCAUCCUGGUCAGUCACUCCUCUGCUCCAAACCCUUCCAUGGCUCCCCAUUGCCCUCAGCUGAGGUCAGAGCUCCUGAGCUUGGCACCUCAGUCUCCAGUCCUGCCUCAUUUCCCUUCAUGCAUGUUGGGUUCCAGCUCCCUGUUCUCCCAACCCAUGUCAUACCUUUCCACUUCUGGCUCUUUUCCUGGGCUGCUCCUGAUACCCAGAAUGUCUUUCCAUUUUCUGCACCUGUCCGACCCCAUCUGUCCUCCAGGGCAUCAUCACUUGACCUAAGCAGCCAGUAAUUGAGAUUCAGUUUUUUAAAUUUCCAUGGGCCCUCUGCCUCUCUUUAACAACACUGAUCACCAUCUGCCCAGAAUUCUCAGGACUUGGGAGCUUGUCCUCCAGCCCUACCAGCUAGACCAACAUCCACACCUGAGUUACUUUGGUCUCCUGGCCUCCAGCACAGAGCACAGGGGCUGGUUCAGAAUCAGAGCUCAGUAACAGGCUGCAGACUGAGUCAAUGAAAGUAGUUUCUCUCUCCCGCCUCCCAAAGGCUCUCAUGCAUCAAUACAGAGACUUAAGGUCAUCUAGAGAAGGGCUGGUGGGGUCCAUUAGGAAGCCUCAAAUUUGCCCAGAAUCACUUUUCUCCCCCAUUUUACCUGCAUGUUAAAGGUCUUUAACCUUCUUGCUUCCCUUGGGUUUUUACUGCCCCUCCAACCUCCAACAUCCAGGCCUGAUUUCUUCAGAGGGACUCUUCACAGUCCCUCAUUUUUUCUUCCUCCUUUCCCAAAUAGCUAAUAAUGAAAUUCAUGCUACAGUGUGAAUGACUACACUUGGCUUGGUAUUAUAAGCUCUAGUUAUAUUUGUGUAAGUAAAGAAGGCAAAUGCUUAAAAGGCCAAAUAAAUGAUGGGAAGAACUUCUAGGAAAUGUGUGGGAUGGGAACAAGGCAGUGAUUUCCUGACCCCUGAAGUGAAUGUGUGGGGUAUAGUUAAGGGAAAGAGCCUCGAAUGGAGGUUGUUCUCAGGUGGCUGUGGCCAGGCUAAUGACUGGGAUUUGGGACUCAUCUGGAGCUCUUUGGGGACAACAGGUUCCCCAGGUAUCUGUGCUUUUUCCUUUCUGAGGGACCCUGAUGCAGCAUGGCAGGGUGGUUGUCACUGUGUGACCCUGAGGAGAACAUUUAACCUCUCUGAGCCUCACCUGAGAAUAGGAAUACCCAUCCGAAGGGAUUUGCUGUUA